AUGAGUGCGGUGGUGCUGUGCUCGAGGAAUGGAGCAUUGCUGAAGCAGGUGUUUGCCCUCAGCAGAGCAGCAACACCCAGAGAAGACCAUCUGUGUGCAGCAGGUGAUGCACUCCUGAGUUGCCACAGAUCCUACAGAUCUCGUCCCACCCAUGGAAUUGGGAGGUAUAAGUACCUGCUCCCAAAGGAGACUCCAAAGAAGAAGAAGGACAGAGUGCAGAUGAAAGAGAUCAACACUGGGACUGAGUAUGAGUAUGGAGAUAUCAACAUCCAGAUGACUUCCUAUGAUCUGUGCCUUGUGGAGCACUUUGCUCAGUAUGUGCACAGACUCUGCAACAGGCUCUCAGUGCGGGUGAAUGAGAGCUAUGCCAUGCCCACCAGAACGAAUGAAGUGCUGUUCUUGGAAGAGAGAGGCUCCAAAAUGCAGCUGGAUGCAGUCCUGACCACCCAUCAGAGGAUUGUCCAGAUCAGUGGUUUGAGUUCAACAUUUGCUCCAAUACUCCUGGAAAUUAUCCAGAGCAACCAGCCUGAGGGAGUCCAUCUGCUAAUGAAAGAGCACACAGAGGCUGAUUUCAAGAGUCGAUUGAAGUCUCGACCAGAACUGGAAGAGCUCCUGGCACAGAUGACCUGA